AUGGGGCGAGCUGAAAGCGCAGCUCCCAGUGAAAGCCCAGAACCCAGAACCCAACGCCAUGGUCGGCGGCGAGCAGGAGCAGCGUCUUGUCCAAGAGUCCGCUGUCCCCGUCAUCUCCAGCGGCGGCGACCCGUCAUGUCCCGCCGUUCGAUUGGCCCACUUCCUCCACCCCCGCGCGGGCGGCGCCCAUCGCCCCGCUCUACCUUCUCCGCCCCGCGACACCGGCCCUGUUCUUGGCGACGGGCUCCAGGUCGAAUUCAAGGGCUGGGCAGAACCCCCUAUCCUGUGGAAGCGGUGGGUGGACAAGCUCCGCCCGCGGUACGAGCUCCAGUGGCGGACGGUUGGGAUCUUGGAUGCCAUCCUCGCCACCACCUACCGGGUGCGCCGCGACGAUGGCGCCAUGCUCCAGCUCGCCGCGAUCUGGUCCGCCGAGACCAACACGUUCCUAUUCCCGUGGGGCGAGGCGACGGUGACGCUGGAGGACGUCUCCGUGCUCGGGGGGCUGCCCUUGCUCGGCAGGGCUGUCCGGGCGCCGCUCGAGGGCGUGCCUCGCGGGGAUGUGGAGGCGCUCCAGGCCGUCCGCCGCGCGCUCUACAAGCGCAAGGGCCAGAAACCCGACCACCCCUCGUGGGUGAGGCGUUUCCUUGAGCCCCCGCCUCCGCCUCGAGAGGGGGCCGCCGCCGCCGCCCACGACAAUGAAGCGGCCGAGCUGCUCGAGCACGGGGCAUUCCUCGCCAUGUGGCUGUCCCUCUUCGUGCUGCCGGAGCCGCCCUUCGACUUGAUCCGGACGGAGGUGCUCCCUAUCGCUGCGCGGCUGGCUCGCGGCGGGUGCGUGGCGCUCGCGCCGGCUGUUCUCGCCAGCAUCUACAUUGACCUCUCCAUGCUGAACCACUACAUCAAUUUGGACGAGAGACACCAGCCGUUCGUGGGGUGGGCGCCGCUACACAUCCUCCAGCUCUGGGUCUUUGCUAGGUUUCCCGAGCUUCGCCCUGAGAUGGCGACCACCCUAGAUCCCCUUGCUCGUCACCAGCCUUGGGCUGCCCGGUGGCAUGAAGUUCGAAAGGAAAUUGACCCCAUGUAUCUUCACGCAGUGUUCCUGUCACCAAGCGAGUUCGAGUGGAGGCCGUAUGGAAGUAGCAGCUUUGCUCCGCCUCGGGAGAAGGCUUGCUCUUGGGUUUAUGGCCGGGACAUAGCAAGAAGUAAACAGCUGCAAUCCUUUGCACAGUGUCUGCGUGCUUGCGAGCUUGUAGGCAUGCGCUGCAUUGAGCAGUACAAUCCUCAUCGUGUUGCAAGGCAGCUUGGCUUCGAUCAGGACGUGCCUGGGUCUGUUGCCCGUGCUGACUCAAAUUGGGAGACUGCUUGGGGAACAUAUAUGAUGGAGCCUAAAAAUUUCGCGUUCAUCGUUCCGCAGUACAUGCUGGCUGUGACGAUUGAGUACGCAAAAUGGUGGGAGCCUUACUCGUUGGCAUAUGCUACUGCUGUUGCUAACUCUGUAAAGUUGAAAGAGUCCCGUGCUUUGGUUAGUCCAAGGGGAGAAAAUAUGGAUGUUCUUCGUGAUGAUAAUGCUAGUAAAGAGAAAGCACCUCCUGACCUCGUCAUUAAACAGAAUAGCAGCUCAGAACAUGGUGAAGUAUCCCACCAUCACCUUGUCAAGGGAGCAGUAAGCACAACCAGCAGCCAAGCCACUGGAUUAGCCCAUCUGCAGUCAAGUCUUGAAGACAUCAUGGUGGUCAGUGAUGGUGAGUCCGAUGAAUUAGUGGGCAUGGAACAUGAGGUGGGUGCAACGCAGAUUGAAGGUAAUGAAAAAGCAAAUAAAGAUGCAUCAGCCUCAAAGAAACAAUCGGGGCCCCUUUUGGAAGAUUGUCCAGUGGUCAAUAGGAAGAGCUCAGGGAAAAAUAAGAUGUCUUCUAGCAAUCCGGUUGAUGCAAAUCUUGAACUGCCCAAGGGAGCACUAAGCACAACCAGCGGCAAAUCCACUGGGUCUGCAACUGUGGCCCAUGUGCAGUCAAGUCUUGAAAACAUCGUGGUGAUCAGUGAUGAUGAGUCCCAUGAAUUAGUGGGCAAGGAACAUGAGGUGGGUGCAGCGCCGAUUGAAGGUAAUGAAAAAGCAAACAAAGAUGCAUCAGCCUCAAAUAAACAAUCAGGGCCCCUGUUGGAAGAUUGCGAAAGCGCAGGAAACAAUAAGAUGUCUUCUAGCAAUCUGAUCGAUGCAAAUCCUAAACUGCCCAGGAGAAUAAUUUCAACUAAUACACUUUACUACCUCAAACCAUUUGGGCGGGUGAAAGACGCACAUGAUAGAGAUGCAGCUGGAACGAAUACGAACCAAGGAGCUUACCUGCCAAGACGGGAAGUUGGGACAAGGGAAAUGAUUGAAGAGGCAUCUGCUGCUCGAGAAGCCGAAAAGGUUGUGCUGCAAAAAACAAUCGAUUCUCUGCAGGAAGAGAUUGCAGAAGCACAAGCGCGGUUGAGGGAUAGCAACCCCUAAAAAGUUUGAGGUGUGACUUCAGCUAGUACAGUCUGUCUACGUGGUGAAACCGACGCACACACACGGGUAGAGUGGGGAGGGAGAAGGAAGAAUGCUCCAGGGUGAGAUGACUGUAUUUUGGAGGCACCACCUGCAGAUAUUAAGCUUAAUGAUCGUCACCUUCAGGUGGGCACGGCCAUCAUGUACACCUAGCACUGCACACAAGAUGCUUCACGUGGUUGCCAGGAUACCCUAUUGAGGCCAUCAACAAGAUCAAGCAGCUUGUCGUUGAUGUGUCUUUUGGCACGUAGCCACUUCCCAGAGACCACCGACGAUGCAAUGACCAAAUCCUCCACAUGAUCAUCUUGGCUGUUUUGCUUCCGGAACAUCUGACUUGUUCUCUUCAGAGUCAGUAGUCUUGGUAUGGAUUCACAGAGGAUACUUUUGAUGUGGUUAUGUUUUGCAACCCAAUAUACUCGUUGUCGAAAAGUUGAUCUUGCACCCUACUGAUUGCAUACAAAAUAGUUUUCUUCCUGCAGUGAUGAAAGGAUUACUGAGCAGAUUAAAGGUUGAAAGUAAGGCAUGGACAAACAAGAGGCAAUUCUGAGCGAAUUGAGCAGUAGCAGUAGCUGAUAAUGUUCUAUGUACUCUGGUUGGUGGCUUUAUGGAAAGUUGGCUCUGUUUGGCUGUU